AUGCCCGGGUCCAGCCCCCUUUGCUUCUCCACUGCCUCAGAGGGCUGCUGUGUAGACGAGCCAUCCUCGGGGGAGCCCCUGACUGCCCGGGGAUGGGCUCCGACAGAGGCGUGCGAAAGACCAGAAGGUGGAACAAGAUGGAAGUGCUGUGAUGGGGCAGGACCUCCCCGAGUGCGGGCACGGGCUCGGCCUGUCUGGGCCCGGCUGCAGGCAGGGGCUGGGUUUCUGCCAUCCAGACUAUGGGGAUGCGCUUUCGCGUUGGCUCUCUGCUGUUCUCAUGGGAGAAGGGCCCAGAUCAUCGACCUGAUGCUGCUGGUCAUCGACGUGACCAAGGGGAUGCAGACCCAGUCUGCCGAGUGCCUCGUCAUCGGUCAGAUCGCGUGCCAGAAGCUGGUCGUGGUGCUGAACAAGAUAGACCUCCUGGCUGAAGGGAAGAGGCAGGCGGCCAUCGACAAGAUGACCAAGAAGAUGCAGAAGACCCUGGAGAACACCAGAGGCAGAGGGGCCCCCAUCAUCCCUGUGGCGGCCAAGCCGGGGGGCCCGGAGGCUCCUGACACCGAAGCCCCGCAAGGCAUCCCGGAGCUCAUCGAGCUCCUGAAGUCGCAGAUCCCCAUCCCAACGAGAGACCCGUCAGGGCCGUUCCUCAUGGCUGUGGACCACUGCUUCUCCAUCAGAGGCCAGGGCACCGUGAUGACUGUAACCGUCCUCUCAGGCGCCAUCAGCCUCGGCGACAGCGUCGAGAUCCCUGCCCUCAAGGUGGUGAAGAAGGUGAGAUCUAUGCAGAUGUUCCACAGGCCCGUCACCUCAGCCCUGCAGGGCGACCGGCUGGGCUUGUGCGUCACCCAGUUCGACCCCAAGCUGCUGGAGCGCGGGCUGGUGUGUGCCCCUGGGUCGCUGCACACGGUCCAUGCAGCCCUCAUCUCAGUGGAGAAGAUCCCGUACUUCCGGGGGGCCCUGCAGACCAAGGCCAAGUUCCACAUCACCGUGGGCCACGAGACCGUCAUGGGCCGGCUGCUGUUCUUCAGCCCCGCGCCCGACAGCUCCGACUGCCAGCCCCAGCUGGACUCCUUCGACUUCUCCCGCGAGUACCUGUUCCAGGAGCAGUACCUGUGCCAGGACACGGCGCCCACCGCGGCUGACGGCGCCCAGGCCCCCGAGCGGACUGGCCGGGCCCCCGAAGGCUGCUGGCCGCGGCAGCAGUGGGCGCUGGUGGAGCUGGAGAAGCCCGUCACCUGCCCCCGGCUGUGCCUGGUGAUCGGCUCCAGGCUGGACACCGACGUCCAUGCCAACGCCUGCCGGCUGGCUUUCCACGGCGUGCUGCUACACGGGAUGGAGGACCGGCACUACGCCGAGAGCUGCCUGCCCCAGCUGCGCGUGUACAAGCUGAAGCACAAGCAGGGCCUGGUGGAGCGGGCAAUUGAUGACCACAGCGUGAUUGGCCGCUCCCUGUUCAAAAAAGAGACCAACAUCCAGCUCUUCGUGGGGCUCCGAGUGCACCUGUCCACAGGGGAGUCAGGGGUCAUCGACAGUGCCUUCGGCCAGAGCGGCAAAUUCAAGGUCCACAUCCCUGGUGGCCUCAGCCCCGAGUCCAAGAAGAUCCUGACGCCUGCCCUCAAGAAGCGAGGCCGGACCGGCCGCGGGGAGGCCACGCCGCAGGAGGAGGGCAGCGAGCGGCCCGAGCCCUCGCAGCCUGUGACCCUCAGCCUGUCCUUCAAGCGCUACGUCUUUGACACCCACAAGCGCAUGGUCCAGGCUCCCUGAGCUCUGGCCUCCCAGGCCCCUGGCCCAGCCACACGUGGCCCGGCCACCUUCUCUCCAGGUCCUAGCAGCCCAGGGACAGGCCGGGUCAAGAAGGGCUGGGGCUCCACACCCUGCACCUCACCCGGGGCAGCAGCCAGGCUCGCGGGAAAGGGCCAGAGCUGGUGGCCCCAUUUCCUGGGCUGCUGGGGGUGGCCCUGGGGGGCAGGCCCAUGGCAACUGCAAAUAAACGCCCUUGCCCAGCCA